UUUAGGCCAGUUACACAAUCUGGAAGACCUUUAUCUGGUGUUAUUCGGCCUGGUACUCAGUCUGGCAGGCCUGGAACUAUGGAGCAGGCAAUCCGUACACGUACAGCAUACACGUCCAGACCAAUUACCAGUUCUUCAGGUCGAUUUGUUCGCUUGGGGACGGCAUCUAUGCUGUCUCAACCUGAUGGACCUUUUAUUAACUUUGCAAGACUAAAUAUUGCAAAAUAUGCUGCUAUGCCUCAAGUAGCCAAGUAUCUGUUUGAAUAUGCAUACUAUCAUGAUAAUGAUAUCAGGCAGGCACUUGAUAUAGCAGCUCAAGCAACUCAAGCAUGCCAUUAUGAGGACUGGUGGUGGAAAUUUCAAUUAGGAAAAUGUUAUUUUAGAUUUGGCAUGUUUCGUGAUGCUGAAAAACAGUUUAAGUCAGCCAUUAAACAACAGGAUAUGAUUGAUUCUUACUUAUGGAUGGCAAAGGUAUAUAUUGCUUUAGAUCAACCAUUAGCUGCUUUGGGUGUUUAUAAGCAAGGACUAGAAAAAUUUCCGGAAGAAAUAUUUCUAAUGAUCCACACUGCACGUAUUUAUGAGGGAUUAAACGAUUUAGAUUUAUCUGUUAAAUACUACAAAGACGUUUUGAGUUAUGAAGCUAUUGAUGUGGAAGCCAUUGCUUGUAUUGCCGCUCAUCAUUUUUAUUCUGACCAGCCAGAAGUUGCAUUAUGCUAUUACAGGAGACUAUUACAGAUGGGUGUGUGUAACAGCGAGCUGUAUAACAAUCUAGCACUUUGUUGCUUUUAUUCCCAGCAGAAUGAUAUGGCUGUUGUGUGCUUCGAAAGAGCUUUAGCCCUGGCUACUGAUGAAACUUUGCCAGAUGUCUGGUAUAAUAUUGGUCACUUAGCAUUGGGUAUUGGAGACAAAAAUCUUGCAAUUCAGUGCCUUAGACUUGCUUUGGUUGCCAAUAAUGACCACGCAGAAUCUUACAAUAAUUUAGGUGUUAUUGAAGGUACAAAAGGAAAUUUAGAUCAGGCCAAAGCAUUCUUUGUUGCUGCAUCAAAUCUUGCUCAACAUUUGUUUGAACCUCAUUAUAAUCAAGCACUUCUUGCUGAAAAGACAGGUGAUCUUCAGAGUGCCUAUUUCAUGGUUCAAAAAUCACUAGAAGCUUAUCCAGAACAUGCAGAUUCAAAGGAAUUGUUCCAAAAGAUAAAAAAUAUAUUUACAACUAUAUAAUUAUCUAAAGAGUGUCAAUCAUAUUCUAGUCACAUAUUGUAAAAGUUGGCUUUAUGCACUUGAUUUGAAGCAAUUAAAAUGUUCCUUAUUAAAAAUUUAUGUAGAAUUAUCUCUUUGAUCUUUUAAUAAAAACUGUUUAGUUUGUUAAAUA